CUCCCCGCGCAGGCGCACAGAGCCGACUCGCCAUGCCGACCGUCAGCGUGAAGCGGGACCUGCUGUUCCGAGCCCUGGGCCGGACCUACACUGAUGAAGAAUUUGAUGAACUAUGUUUUGAAUUUGGCCUGGAGCUCGAUGAAAUUACUUCUGAGAAGGAAAUAAUAAGUAAAGAGCAAGGAAACAUAAAGGCAAAGGGAGCCUCUGAUGUUGUUCUUUACAAAAUCGACGUCCCUGCCAAUCGAUAUGAUCUGCUGUGUCUGGAAGGUUUGGUUCGGAGUCUGCAGGUCUUCAAAGAAAAGAUAAAAGCUCCAGUUUAUAAACGUGUAAUGCCUAAAGGAGAAAUCCAAAAAUUGAUUUGCACAGAAGAGACAGCUAAAGUACGCCCCUACGCAGUGGCAGCAGUUCUCCGAAAUAUAAAGUUCACUAAAGAUCGCUAUGACAGCUUCAUUGAACUGCAGGAGAAGUUACAUCAGAACAUUUGCAGGAAAAGAGCGUUGGUUGCUAUUGGCGCCCAUGAUUUGGACACUUUAGCAGGCCCGUUCACCUACACCGCGCAGCGUCCUUCAUGUAUCAAAUUCAAGCCUCUCAAUAAGACGAAGGAAUAUACAGCUUGUGAACUGAUGAACAUAUACAAGACUGACAACCACCUUAAGCAUUACUUACACAUCAUUGAAAACAAGCCCCUGUACCCUGUGAUCUACGACAGCAACGGCGUGGUUCUGUCGAUGCCUCCGAUCAUCAACGGGGAACAUUCCAAAUUAACCGUAAAUACUAAAAAUGUGUUUAUCGAAUGUACAGGAACUGACUUUACUAAGGCGAAAAUAGUUCUUGAUACUCUUGUCACCAUGUUCAGUGAAUAUUGUGAGAAUCAAUUUACGGUUGAAGCUGCUGAGGUCGUUUUUCCUAAUCGAAAAUCUCACAUCUUUCCAGAACUGGCUUACCGCAAGGAGAUAGUAAGAGCUGAUCUGAUUAACAAGAAAGUUGGAAUCAGAGAAACUCCAGAGAAUCUUGCCAAGCUCCUGACCAGGAUGCAUCUAAAGUCAGAAGUCAUAGGCGACGGGAAUCAGAUUGAGAUUGAAAUCCCUCCAACCCGAGCUGACGUCAUCCACGCAUGCGAUAUUGUAGAAGAUGCAGCCAUUGCUUACGGAUAUAACAACAUUCAGAUGGCUCUUCCGAAAACAUACACCAUAGCUAAUCAAUUUCCCCUUAAUAAGCUCACUGAACUUCUCCGACACGAUAUGGCAGCUGCCGGAUUCACCGAAGCCCUUACCUUCGCUCUGUGCUCCCAGGAAGACAUUGCGGAGAAGCUGGGUCUGGACAUCUCUGCCACACAGGCGGUCCACAUCAGCAAUCCCAAAACAGCUGAGUUUCAGGUGGCGCGCACUACCCUUCUUCCUGGCCUCCUGAAGACCAUAGCAGCGAAUCGCAAAAUGCCUCUGCCUCUGAAACUCUUUGAAAUUUCUGACAUUGUGAUAAAAGACUCUACUAAAGACGUAGGCGCACGGAACUGCAGGCAUCUCUGUGCUGUUUAUUACAACAAGAACCCCGGCUUUGAGAUCAUCCACGGCUUGCUGGACAGAGUGAUGCAGCUGCUCGCGGUGCCUGCUGGGGAGGACAGGGGAGGAUAUGUGAUCAAAGCGUCAGCAGGUCCUGCCUUCUUCCCUGGGCGAUGUGCUGAGAUUUUUGCCAAGGGUCAAAGCAUCGGGAAGCUUGGGGUCCUUCAUCCUGAUGUUAUCACCAAGUUUGAGUUGAUGAUGCCCUGCUGCUCCCUGGAAAUCAAUAUUGAGCCCUUUUUGUGAGGAUGCUAUCCGUUGUGAUUGUCGCUUUUCCUCCCCAGUCCCUCCAUUGGGAACACCUGUUUGUGCUUUAAUGUUUGAGAAAAUAAAGGUGUUGUCUGGCUCCCUGGGCAGAUCCCCUCUCCCUGUGUGAAGUUGGCAAAUGCAGCCUA